AUGGAUCAGAUUCAAACACACCCUUCCAACGCGGCGCAGGCGCAAACUUUCAUCGCCCCCGGCUCGCUGUCAUUCCCAGGUGGUGCUGGUGAACUGACCCCGCCAUCGGAAGUUGAGAGGUUGAAUGGUCAGAAGCAGGCGAAUGGUCAACCACCAGUGGCGCAAGCUCAAAGUGGCAACGGGGUGGCUCCCGCGACUCCUGCUGCGACCCCAGGUACCACCGCAACGACGGGUGUGAGCGGCAUCGUCCCAACCUUGCAAAACAUCGUUGCCACGGUCAAUCUUGAUUGCCGCUUGGACCUGAAGACGAUCGCCCUGCAUGCGAGGAACGCUGAAUAUAACCCAAAGCGUUUUGCGGCGGUCAUCAUGCGUAUUCGUGAACCCAAGACCACCGCCCUGAUCUUCGCCUCCGGCAAGAUGGUCGUUACCGGGGCGAAGUCAGAGGACGAUUCGAAGCUAGCAUCACGAAAGUAUGCGCGCAUCAUUCAAAAACUCGGCUUCAACGCCAAGUUCACCGACUUCAAGAUCCAGAACAUCGUCGGCUCCUGCGACAUCAAGUUCCCGAUCCGUUUGGAAGGCCUUGCGUCCCGCCAUCACAAUUUCAGCUCUUACGAACCUGAGUUGUUCCCGGGUCUCAUCUACAGAAUGAUCAAGCCCAAGAUUGUGCUCCUGAUCUUCGUCAGCGGCAAGAUCGUCUUGACAGGCGCGAAAGUUCGAGAGGAGAUCUACCAAGCCUUUGAAAUGAUCUACCCGGUGCUUCAAGACUUCAAGAAAGUCUGA